AUGGCCACCAAUGUUGAACCUCCACCUGUGCCCAUUGAACAACCUUACGAAUUCAAAACCGAAUUUCACCCUCGCAGUGGUCGUCAAACACUCUAUCAACGCUUCGAGGAGUUUGGCAUCACUCCUGAGACGCAAGCGCUUCCUGCAGAGCAAGAACCAUGGCGUCCAUUCCAAUCACGCGCAGAUUUCGAGUUCUCUGAAAUCACUCUCGACGCUGCUCUCAACAAGAACCAAAUUGACCGGCUGCUCAACCUCAUGGCCCAAAUAUCACAGGGCCAAGCUAAACUCACGCUGAAAAACGAGUCUGAUUUGUGCAAGGCAUUGGACAAUGCUGCGGCUGAGCUGACACCGUUUUCAAAACACGAAGUCAAGGUUCCCUACAAGAAGGAGGAACAAGUCUUCGAGGUACAUGCGCGUCCCUUAUGGGACUGGGCUCUCGAUUUGUUGGAUAACCCACUGUUAGCACCGCAUUUUGUUUGGGACGCGCAGCGCGUCUACAAACAUGAUGGUACGGACUUUGUACGCUUCUUUGAUGAGCCGUGGACAGGUGACUGGUGGUGGGACAUCCAAUCUCGCCUCCCACAAAACCUUGAUGCCGCCCCCUUCUGUUUCAUACUGUAUGCUGACAAGACUAGGCUCUCUUCGCAUGGCACUGUCAAAGGGUACCCGGUUGUGGCGCGUUGCGCAAAUCUACCUGUCCACAUUCGAAACGGCGAGGGGAUUGGUGGCGGUCGGGUGGUCGGGUGGUUACCAAUCGUGAGUCCCAUUCGCUUUGUACAUACUCUGAAAUUGUUUCUGAUAUAA